GAUGACAGCUGAAAAGGAGCCGUUAAAAUCGAGAGAAGGAGAUGAGGCACCACAAAAUGAAACAGAAGGAAAAGGAAAAGGUCUUGAAAAGAGUUUGACACUAUUCAAUGGAGUUUCAAUGAUUGUUGGAUGCAUUAUUGGAUCUGGCAUUUUUGUAUCACCAACUGGAGUGCAAGAACAAGCCGGAUCAGUUGGACUCUCUCUUAUUGUUUGGCUCAUCUCCGGUAUUUUCACAGCAAUUGGCGCAUAUUGUUAUGCAGAACUGGGAACUCUUAUCAAGAAAUCAGGAGGAGAUUAUGCAUAUAUUAUGGAAGCAUUUGGACCAUUUGUUGCAUUUAUUCGUCUUUGGAUUGAGGCUAUCGUAGUCCGACCAUGUACUGUGACUAUUGUUGCACUCACUUUCGCCAUUUACGGACUGCGACCAUUUUUCCCUGAUUGUGCCCCACCAGAUGUAGUCGCUGAGCUUCUCGCGAUUUUGUUAAUUGUUCUGAUGACUGCAAUCAACUGUAUUUCUGUUCGGUUGGCAACAAUUGUUCAGGAUUGGUUUACUAUUGCAAAGGUUGUUGCUCUGUGUCUUAUCAUUUUAACCGGACUUGGUCUCCUUUUCUUUGGUGAAUCUCAGUACAAGGACUCAUUCGAGAAUAUUUUUGAGAAUACAUCUCAAGAUUUUACAAAAGUUUCACUUGCUUUCUACUCUGGAUUAUUCGCUUAUUCUGGAUGGAAUUUCUUGAAUUUCAUCGUCGAGGAGUUGCAGAACCCAAAACGAAACCUUCCACUCGCAAUUGCCAUCUCUAUCACAUCCUGUACCGUAAUCUACGUGCUAACUAAUGUGGCUCUCUACACAGCAAUUUCACCAGAUGAAAUGCUCGAAUCCCCGGCUGUAGCGGUACUUUUCGCCAAUAAACUCUAUGGAAAAUUCGCAUUUAUUAUGCCACUCUGUGUUGCAUGUUCCACAAUUGGAUCAGCUAAUGGAGUUAUUUUCACUUCAGCGAGACUUUUUUAUUCCGGUGCUCGUGAAGGACAAAUGCCAGCUGUAUUGACAAUGAUUAAUAAAAAAACGAAAACACCGAUUCCCGCUGUUAUUCUUACCGGAGCUCUUUCUAUUGCUUACUUGUUGGCAUCAAAGGAUGUGUAUCAAUUGAUUAAUUAUAUUCAAAUCAGUUACUGGCUUGCAAUCGGAACAGCCAUUGCCGCACUCUUCUGGCUUCGUAGAACCAUGCCAGAUGCAUCAAGACCAAUUAAAGUUCCACUCAUUUGGCCAGCUAUUUUCCUUGCUGGAUGUAUCGCUCUUGUUCUUAUUCCAAUGGUAGCUGCUCCAAGAGAUACGGGAAUUGGUCUACUUAUCAUGCUUUCCGCUGUCCCCGUCUACGGAAUUUUCAUCGGAUGGAAAAACAAGCCAAAAUGGUUCAAUGAAUUCAUUGACAGCUCAACUGUUUUCAUUCAAAAGCUAUUCAUGGUUGUCGACGAGGAUAAGGAGGAUUAGAAUUUCUAAAGUUCAACUUUCGGUCUCGGGUUUCUUUUUAUUUCAUUUGUCAAAAUUCAAUUUUUCAAAACUUCCACAAUCCACCAGUAUUCUUUUUAUCUGCGUUUUUGUUUCACUUUGUCAUCCGAACAUCAUCAUUUUAUCAUUAAAUUCAAUCAAACACAAAAAAUACAUUCACAGUUUCGACGAGGCUUUAAUUCUCUUUUUUCUUUUAAUUUUUCGUGAAAUAUCGUGAAAUAAAUUUAUUUCAGUGAUU